GAGAGCGCGAGUUGCCACUUGCCGUCCACGCACGCAUCCCUCGCAAACAAGUGGACUUGUUUAAAUUGCAAAUUAAAUUAAUUAUUAUUCAGUUAUACUAUUAACUUUAAGAAAACUUGGAACUAGUUAGCUAAUUAUAGAAGGCGGCGGAAGUGAUAAGCUAAGAGAUAAUCGGUAGAUUGUGCUCCUCCUCGUGUUUUAUUUAUGUCAGCCGGUAGAGAUCAACUACUUGUUUGCUUGCUGUGGUGUGGUUAACUACCGACGCGAUCGCACCCUUAUCGUCAUAAUUAUCAUGAUGUCGGGGAGUUGUGUCUUUUGUUCCGCCACACGUGUCGACGUCGACAUGGAGGACGUCUGGGGGUCGGAGAAAGUUGCCGGAGCGCUAAGCAGAAUUUGCAGUCUCAACUUGGUUGCUCCCCCACUCGUUUUUGAGCCGGGGAGUGGGAUGCGGGUCUGCACCACGUGUCGACCCACGAUCAACGGAGUAAUAGAAUCCCUUCGCAGAGAGGAACACUUUCUCACCCAACUGGCCAACUUAAAUGUGCAAAUUGUCGGGGGCGUCGAGGCGUUGGGGAGACGAGUCUUAGUUGGGACAGCUUCGCCAAAUCCCAGUCACGCGGACUACGUUUGGAAGGAGUAUAGACGACAAGUAAUUCGCAAUUACGUCACAGGGAAAUUACCGAAUCCCUCCGUCCACCUGGUCCCCCUCGACCCACCCCCCGCACAUAGCGGUGAAGACGACGAUUCUGACGAUGACGCAGCAGCCAACCUGUUGACCAAUCAGAAUAGCCGCGUGGAGGCGGAAGAAGUCGUAUUGCGGGCGAUGAGAAGUGACCCUCUUCUCCCGGACGAGGAGGAGGAGGAGGAGGAGGAAAUGCAAAGCACCCGGAAGAAGGAGAGCCUCGGACGAAUUCGAUAUCUCCUCCUCGACAAUAAAGUUGAAUCUGCACUUCCUGCUCAAAACCUAGCCUAUGAUUUCGACAAAGACAAUUUUAAUGAUCGUGACGACGGAAGUAGCGUAUCUACCGGGUCAUCUGAUUCAGAUUUAGAUAAUAUUUUCGAGGUUAAAAGAAUCGUCCGAAGGAAGAAAUCAAAGACUGAUGCUAAAAAAGAUGAGGAUAAAAGUCCAAAAGCGGAGACGAGCAAGGUGGCUGCCACUGUAGACCGACCGAUUCGUCCAGGAUUUGGAAGACUGUCGCGAGGUCGAGGAAAAGCGUCUCAUCGCCCAACCCGUACCGAAUCUCCUGCAAUUGAAAGACUGACAACUCCUUCACCACCUCCACUCAAAAGAACAAUUCCUAAUCAGCGAGGGAGGGGAGGAAAGCGAGGUCGAGGAAGACGAGGGGGUGCUGCGAAUCAAGGGUCGCGGAGGGUCGAGGCGGUCGCACGUAGUGACCAUGCAGAAGAAGAGGAGGACUCCAGCGAAGAAGAAAUGUCAGCAAUAAUGGGAGGAUUUGUCACUCCGAAAAGGGCAAUUCCACCACAAUCUAAAAUUACCACUGUUUCAACACCAGUCAUUCAAAAGAGGUUGAGCUCGAGGAAGUCCCCACCACUCGUGCCCCCUUCACCGCCCGCGCCACUCAAUCGUCCCCCCAGGGGAAGGGGAAGGCCCCGAGGAAAGAAACGCACAUUUCUGGAAAACUUGCAGACAAAAAGCCCUACAGCAGAGUCAGAAAUUGAAAACGAGUCUCCCACAGAAAAUGACAACUCUGCCGCCGACACCAUCGUCCCAUCUUCUCCUCCAGCCAAGAAGAAGAAAAGGAAGACGCUUCCCGUGAUGGACAAGAAGCGUUACUCUGGUCCGUACACGCCUCACUAUGGCACGCUCGACACCCCGGCAGCUCCUUCUCCUCCUCCUCCUAUGAGGACGUUAUUCACCUGCCCUGUCGACAAAUGUGGCGAAUCCUUCGCCAACCUUGAUCCUCUCUUGACCUCGCAUUUCUUCACUUAUCACAUCAUCCUGGCUGCCAAGGUGAGCAAGAAGGAGCACGCGUUCAAGUGCAAACUCUGCUUGGAGAAAGAUUUCUUCGUGAAAGUGAACCUCCCCGAGAUCAGAGAGGCGAAUCUUGACGACGUGGCGGGCAAAGAGAUGGCUAAACAUUACUUGGAAGAGCAUCAAGUGGGUUUUAAGACCUUGCCUGGAACCGAAGCCACGACUGGAGUCAAAUCGACUGCCAAGAAGACCAAGGCGAAACCACCAGUGAGAAAGGCGACGAAACGUCCCGUUGAGGUCCCCGUGCCGACAGUAUCGCCCUCCACUUCGGAGCAGGAGAACGUCCCCAAAAGGAAGGGGAAAAAGAAGAAGGCGGAAACGGUCACGAAGAAGUUGGCGAAGAAGAAAAAAUCCGCCCUCACUCCGAGCAAGCAAGACGGGGAUGAAGAUGAGGAGGAGGAAGAGGAGGAGAUGACCGUUCCUCACGAAUCCCGCUCAGUCGUUAAGAAGCGGAAUGUGGCUGCUCCGAAACGGAAAGUGGGCAGAAAGAAGAAGGACUUGAAGAAGAAACCCUCCGAACAGAAAUCAAACUCGGAUGUUAUCGAUGACAACGAAGAAGAGAAGGAUCCUGAUUCUGGGCAAUCGAUUGAAAUUGUUGACUCACAAAUAAUGACCAACGAAGAGCCACCCAGAGAAGAAGAGCGAGAAGUUGUUUUCAACGAGGAGGACGAGAAUCUGACCGCGGAGACCGCUCAACCCAAACCCCUCGUCAAACCACGUCCCAAGAGUGAACAAGAUCUCAAUUCGGGUAGUUCCAUUUCCACUCCGAGACGAAAACCCGGUCCGAAAUCGAAGACUACACAUCGACAAAAAUCUCCCUCGCCGCUUCUCGUCAUGGAAGAAAGGGCGGAGGAAGUUCAAACAACAGCUCUCAUCCCAUCGAGUCCAUCUCUCGAGUCGUUGAAAUCUCUUCAAAAUGAAAACCAACAAGAAAAUCGGGACGACGAGGAAAAUGGAGAUCAAACUGACGCUGCAGUGAAGGCAACAAACAAUGAACAAGCCGACGACGAAACUGCGGAUACGCCAGCAGCGGACGACGAAGGCGUAAAUGAUGACGACGACGACGACGACUAUGACAACUUGUUCCUCGAAAAGAUUGAAAAUGAUAGGAAAAGGGACAGCAGUGUCCUCACAUCGGACGAGGAAGGCGAGGACGAUGGUGGCGACGGCGGUGACGACGACAAUGACGACAUUAACAGACAAAUCAUGAUCGAGAUGUCGAGAAUGUUUGCGUCGAAGGUGGCCAGCGACCCAUCCAAACCCUGGUCUGUGACUGUUCCUCUCCCAGAGACGCAGACGGCAGGACCAUCCAGCACCAGUGCAGCUCCUCCUGCAAGGACUGAGGAGGAGGUCGUUACAGGAUCUCCUGGGCGCGAGGGGACAAGUGAUGGGUCUGCCGAAGGAGGAUUUGUGGGGCGAGAGGAAUCUGGAUCUCCUGAGCAGGAGGGGACAAGUGCCGAAGGGCCUGGUGCUGAAUCCGCUGGGGACGAUGACAUGGAAGGAGAGGAGGACUCGUUCAAGGAUGCUGAGAGUGGGGGCCUUCCGAGUACUAUGAUGUUUACCACGAGCUUCAUCGAGAUGGCUCAGUUGGGAGACGUCAUCCUUGGUUCCGACGAUGGCGAGGAUGACGAGGAUGAAUAGGCUGCAAACCCUUCAAUACGCAGCCUUACUUAUUUUUUAUACUUUUGUAUUUCUUUACCUAAAGCCUUACCUCCACUUUACCUUCAGUAUAUUUUUUUAUUGUUCGACUUCAUAAAUUUUACAGACCUUUCUAUCCAUCUACAUAAAUGCGUAAUUCAAUCAGAAUUCAAUCAAAUUGGUGCUGAAUUGUACGUCAUUAAAAUAAUAUGUGCCAUGUAUGUACCUUUUGAGCUUCUUGGCUUCACCGAGAGACUUGUUGUUAUUUUAUUUAAAUAUAUUUAACUUUGAUGAUAUCAAUUAAAAAUAAAUUGUAUUGUCAAUAA